AUGUGGAAUUUAAUUAACUGGAUCAUUAUUUCCUUGACAAUAACAUUUGUUUUAAGUAUUAUUUUUAUUUCAGUAAUUUCGGUAGCUUUGUUUGCACCACCUGUAACAUUUGUUCUUUUGGUGUUCUGGAUCGUUGGCUUCUGGAUGUUGGUGGUACCGUCAAUGUUUUUCGCAAGUAUUUGGACCGUGUUAGGAUAUAUAGUAUUCCAAUGCUGGAAUUAUGGUUCCAAUGAAGCUGAAUUGCAGAAAGAAUUGAGACUGGCUGCGGAUUAUGGCCGUUACCUCUGUGAAUACGAUAAUGGGAUGGUAGUUUUUAAGCCAGCUUCGACGUGGGUAUUGACAAGAAGACAAGUAUCAGGAAGAAUAUAUUUAGGCUCUUAUGGAGCUGGAAUACGUGUAAUUGGAAGGCGAAUUGGUCAUGCAAACAAUGUGCAAAUUAUCAAAUUUAAAGAAAUUUUUGACGAAGGUGAUCCAUACGAAAGGCAAUCAUAUAUUAACCUUCUUAGAAGAGAAGCAAAGACCAGUAAUUUUAUUACCGGCUAUCUGGGCUAUUUACAAGGUCGGCCAUUAGACUAUUCGCUUGAUGAUGAUCAAUUAUAUUGGAAUUUUAGACCAUCAUAUCGUUAG